AUGACGGCGGACGACACGGAUGCAGUAUCAGGAAGCGGCGGUGGUACCGGCAGUGCUGCUGGUGCCGGGGCGGCGAGACAGCGGCACAAGAGGACGCGGACCGGGUGUCUAAAGUGUCGCAUCCGACGGCGCAAAUGCGACGAAGGCAAACCGCAGUGCCAACGCUGUAUCGACGGCAACUUUGAGUGCCAGUACGGCCCCCGGCUGACGUUCCUGAACAAGAACGCCUUGACCGUGUCGCCGUCACCAAAGGCCGCGGACGCAGCAGCAGCAGCAGCAGCAACGCCCAAAUACUCAAGACUCCAGUUUGUCGGCCCGGGAACUUCAAAACAGAACCCCAAGGGCUUCGUAUCAUCGUCGUCGUCAUCCUCUCCUCCUCCACCGCAGAGGCCUCCAGACCCAACCGUCGCGACCGAGAUAUCACACACGCCAGCCUCUCUACCGCCGUCGCAGACACCCACACCGACAGUCUUUUCCUUCCAAGCGAACCUGCAAUCCCCGGAUCAUCCCCCGAAACUGCUGCCCCUGGAACCGAGUCUGGCGCCCACAUCUCACAACUCGCCGCCACCGCCGCCGCCACUCGUCACGCAAUGGCGGGCACGAAGCAUCGGCAGCAUCGACAGCAUCAGCCACGAGAGCCUCGCCUCGCCAGUGGGGAAGCUCGAUAUCUCGGUGCAGACGCCGGGCCGGUCUCUGAACAACGACGCCGCGUAUGAGACGGCGCUCGACGUUUUGCUGUCCCUGGGCAACGAGGGUACGGGCACAGGCACGGCGCCGUCGCCGGGUCACGGAUCCGGGCCGUAUGCUGUUGGUGGUGGUGGUGGUGGUGGUGGUAAUGGCGGCGACGGAACAGGGGUCAGUCCCCAGGACAUCAUGUCCAUCUCGCCCGCUUCGACGAGGGAGAGGAGAGUGUCUGCGGUGGCACAGGCGGCGUACGCCCCGAUACCGUCUGGCAUCCCUCAAGACCGGCUGCUGCAGUUGUUGCGGCACUUUCGAUAUCAGGUCGCGCCGUGGCUUGACUUGUGCGACAUGAGCCAGACGUUCGGUCUCUAUGUCCCUCGACUUGCCAUUGAGGACGAGCGCGUUCUUCACUGCCUCCUGGCCGUGGCGGCCGUGGCUCAACAGGCCGAGACGCGGACGCUUCUCGACGACGUCGAGUACCUCAAGUCUCUUGCUGCGGCGAGCCCUGUAUAUCCCGAGGGUGUGACCAUCAGCGAUGGCCAUCUAGCCCACUUGACGCUGUGGACGGCGUGCCAGUUCACGUCCAAUAUCCCGGACGGAUGGCAGAGUCUGUCCAUGACGAUGGGGGACGGUUUCUGGAGCGCAGCACUGGCUGAAGCAACCCCCAAGACACUUUCGAUUCUGUCUGUACUAAUACGAUUCGAACUCGCAGCCGCCCUCGUGACCGGCGCCCCUAUUCACAUCCCCGAGCAUCUACACCACCACAGCUACAACCCGAUAUCCCAGCAAUACACCUCCUCCCCGAUCGCCGAAUCCAUCUUCCAAUGCACCAUCGAGCCGCUCCUCCUCUGCGCUCAGGUCGUGAAUCUCUGCGCCGGCAGCCCUCCUCCGCGACCACGACGACCACCACCACCACCCACAGACCUCGGAGACCAUCACCCGCCUCCGUCCCCCGUCCAACGCUGGACGCAGCUCAGCGACGCCCUGGCCGCCUGGUACGCCGAGAGAGCGCAGGAGUUCCGGCCCAUGGUCGAGAUGGACGGCGACGAGAGCCUGUUCCCCGUCCUCCUCUUCACCAACGGCGCCGCCGUGCUGGCGAACCAGCUGUACCACACCGCCAUGCUGUUGCUGCUGCAGAACCGGCCGCGCACACUGCAAGCGACGGCGUCCAAGAAGUCGUCUUCCUCGUCGUCGUCACCACUAUGGCACGCCCGGCGCGUGUGCGGCAUCGCACUGAACAAUGACCGGCGCGACAGCUGGGAUCUCUGCCUCGUCGCGUCGCUGUACCUCGCGGCGCAGCGGAUGACGUACGAGCCGCAGCAGAGGGCCGUCCUCGGCUGCUUCGACCGCGUGAGGGCGUUGACGGGCUGGGACGUCGACGGGUUCGCGGCGAGGGCGCGAGAGGACUGGGGGUUGAUGAUGUAG